GCUCCAGAACGCCAACGCCGCUAGGGUUUCUUGCACGCGCAGAUGAAGCGGCAGCCACCACACGCUCGCGGCGGCGGCGGCGGCGGCGACGCGCCGGUCGGCGAGGGCGGAAGCGGAAGCGGCGGAGGGUUUAAGAAGGGGAAGGGACAAGGGAGGUGGGGCGGCGGGAGUCGGAGGCGGAACGAGCAGCGGCUGGGCGUCGGCGGCGGCGGGGCGCUAUCCCUCGCUGCAUUCGCCAGCGCCAAGUCCCGGAGCACCGGCUACAACCCGGCCCUUAUCAAGAAGCAAAGGGAGUUCUACAAGAAUGCUAAAUUAAUUAGCAAGUACAAAAAGACAAAGAAGCAACAAAGUCAGUCAAACAACCGUCCAGAAAUUCCAAUCCAUGAGGAUGGUGGUGACACUGCCCAAGAUGUGCCAAAGGCACAUCAUAAAGGGAAGAAGCGCAUUGCGCAUAGUUUGAAGGAAGAGUAUGAGAAGAAAUGCGCAGAGGAUGAGAAAGCUAAGAAAGAGCGGGAUGCAGAAAUUCAGGCGAAGAGGGAACAUCGGGAGAAGUCUGAGGCAAAGCGGAAAGAACUGAGGGAGAAGAUGUUCAAGAAGACAAGGUCUGGACAACCUGUGAUGAGAUACCGGAUCGAGCAUCUCUUGGAGACUGCAUUAAGCAAAUAACACAAUACCACCAUGGCCUUAUAAGAUCAAAGUGUGCUAGCAAAUUUUGUAGUUCCGUGCAAGUGCAACCAUUUGUUUGUUGUAACUGACUUCUGUCACUUCAUGAUUGUAUAUAUAUCUUUGGAUUUGAUCAUCUCA